GGUAAAAAACUAAUCUCUUUUAGAGCUACACCUUUUACAAUAAUCCACAAACCGCCGGCGGGUACUCCCUCACGGAGGCGUCUUAUUGCUGCCUCAUCAAUUUGACAUAGCCGCGUUCUCCUCCUCCUUAGACGGACGGGGACUAUCCAACAGCAACUCUCGAUAUCUACUCCGCAUAUCGACGCCGGCGCCGUCCUCCUCCCACUGAUUCAUCUCCUUUGUUUGCAGCAUGAAGAUGCAAUCUAUUUUCUUGCCAAAAGCAUUCAUCGUAUCCUCAUUUGGUGGAUUUUCUGACCAUUUGUUGCAUCGAGAUUCUAGUAAAUUUGACGGAAUCUACACGUUUGAUGGUGCUAUAUUGAAGUUUUUUAGGAAUAAUUUCCUAAAUUUGGCCAGUAAAGCAGCGGUAGAUGAUAAUUGUAUUGUUAGCUCAAGGUGGCAUGGAUGUAUAGAUGAAGAGGAACUAUCGAGUGAGUCGUGCAACCGUUUGAUUUGUGACUAUUGUAAGGUAGGUAAUGUUGAUUCUGCUAUGUCACUUCUUGCUCAUAUGGAGUCUGUAGGUCUUCACGCCACUAUGGCAUCUUACACUUAUUUGAUUGAAGCUCUUGGAAACGUUGGUAGAACUUUGGAAGCCGAUAUCAUAUUUCAAGAAAUGAUUAGUUUUGGCUGUAAGCCAAGAACAAUUGUCUGCAAUGCACUACUAAGAGGGUUUUUGAGAAAAGGCCUUUUAGAUCUUGCGUCUGGGGUUCUUGUAUUAAUGAGUGAUUUAGAUAUUAAAAAAAAUCAAGAAACUUAUGAAAUUCUCUUGGAUUAUCAUGUCAAUGCUGGACGGUUGGAAGAUACUUGGUCUAUUAUUAAUGAGAUGAAACGAAAAGGUUUUGAGUUGAACUCAUUUGUGUAUAGUAAGGUUAUUGUUAUAUAUCAAAACAAUGGCAUGUGGAAGAAAGCAGUGGGAAUUGUUGAUGAAAUAAGAAAAUCAGGGAUUUCUAUGGACAAACACAUUUACAACAGCAUCAUAGAUACAUUUGGGAAAUAUGGCCAAUUGUCUGAGGCCUUAGAAGUGUUCAAAAGAAUGCAACAAGAUGAUGUAGUGCCUGAUAUAACAACUUGGAAUUCAUUGAUACAAUGGAACUGUAAAGCUGGGAACCUUGCUACUGCCCUUGAGUUAUUCACUGACAUGCAAGAACAGGGGAUGCAUCCAGAUCCUAAGAUCUUCAUUACUCUAAUAAGCUUCUUGAGUGAGCAGGGAAAGUGGGAUGUGAUAAAGCAGAAUCUUGAUAGUAUGAAGCUCAGAGGGCAUAAGAAUAGUGUCCUAGUUUAUGAAAUUUUAGUAGAUAUUUAUGGGCAGUAUGGUCAAUUUCAGGAUGGUGAGAAGUGUAUAUCUGCUCUGAAGUCUGCAGGGCUUCUACCAUCUUCUAGCAAUUUUUGCAUUAUAGCAAAUGCUUUUGCUCAACAGGGGUUGUGUGAGGAGACAGUAAAAGUGCUUCAGCUCAUGGAAGCAGAAGGAAUUGAACCAAAUCUUGUAAUGCUGAAUGUACUGAUCAAUGCUUUUGCUGUUGCUGGUAGGCAUUCGGAGGCGUUAGCCAUUUAUCAUCAUAUAAUUGAAGUCGGUAUCAGUCCUGAUGUUAUAACCUACACCACCCUUAUGAAGGCAUUUAUUCGUGCAAAGAAGUUCUCUAAGGUCCCUGAAAUAUAUAAAGAAAUGGAAAGUGCUGGUUGCACGCCAGAUAGGAAGGCCAGAGAGAUGUUAAAAUCCGUAACAGCUGUUCUUGAACAAAGGCAUUGUAAGCUUGAACCCUUUUGUACUUGUAUUCGUAUUUUCUCAGCCAGAGCAGUCCUUGCAUGAUUGUUGUAUAAUUCUUCACCCUCUAGGCAAUGGUAAAUUUAGAAUGUCAAGUCAUAAUUUGAAAAGUUCAUACCUGGAGAGUGGUGCAUUACGAGUCUGACAGAAAGAUCCUCGCAAAUAUUGCAUUGUCAGGCUACAAGUUUUAUGACAAGUAUACUGCUACCUAUUCCAUAAUCUGUGACUUAGAUAAUAUAUGUCAUUUGUCAAGUCAAGUUAUGCCAACCUGUAAAGACAUCCGAAUAUUUUUCUUGUUGGCGAUUAUGAAGAAGGAUUAACGGAACAAAAGAAGAGGUAAAGGACGGCAUAUUCCAAAUGGUAAAUGCUCAUUGGAGCCCCGCAUCUAAAUAGAUCCCAAAAAGAUGAUCUUAGGGACUAGGAUCUUUUUGGGGUUGGCUUUCUAAUUGUAAAAAAAAAAAAUCACUUAAACAUACUUUUUAAGCAAUUAGUUGGUCAUUUCAAACAUGGCUAGAUCGGUGGUCUUACUACUGAAUUAAGUUUUGAUGCAGCUGAGUGAACGACCAAAGUGGAAGUAAAUCUUCCGGUGCCUUUAUUUUGCAAAUGAUGAAUACUGUAAUCUACUUUAGAUAUUACAAUAAGAACCAAUUGGACACCCAAGGAGAGCAUAAUAUAUGGCCUUCACUAGCCCCCUAGUAGUUUAUAUUAUAUGCCCUCUCCCAGCCUUCCGAUCAACUCGUGGUUUGGGAAUAAAACCAUUGGUUAAAAACAUUGUUUCUUAUACCUACGGUCACAUUUCUUUGUGUGUGUGGUUUAAUUAGAGAAGACAGCAACUGAUACUUGCUAGUGUGGAAUUCUUGAAUGUUUGGAUUUUUUCGUUGAAAAACAGACAGAUAAAAAGAAAUUAGCCGCCUUCUAAAAUAUUGAUUGAGGAAGUGGUACACACCAAGAAAGUAGAUCAUAAUGCCAGUUUAUGACGACAUCAAUGAUAGGCCAACCUUCAAUGGAUCCUGGGGAACUAAAGGAAUAAGGCAGUUUCUUGCAGUAAGUUUGAAGAUGAAACGAGGUUGAUUUUGCAUGUUGUAAAUAGUAAAGCAAUUCAUCCAAAAGCUAAUCCAAAUCAUAGGGCUCUGACACAGUCAAACUCGAACGAACAAAAUGUUGAAUUGAAUCUUACCUGUCUUUACUAGAGCACAACCACUUGAUGAAAUGGGGGAAGAAAGUGGGACAAAUGGCCAAGACGAAGACGAGUGUAAGGCUUCCUUAUUGGAUAAAUAGGUACUGUAAUUGAUAUUCUACGGUCGGUUUAGUCAUCAUUACGAUGUUGACCAUUACGGAUUAGUCACAAAUAUAAUACCAUAUAUUCUUUUAUUUUUCUUGA